CCAAUUAAUUCUCUCAAACAAUUAGAGCAAGUUUGCUAUGAAUUUUGGCUAUGUUAUUAAGUACCUUCAUCUCCUUUUUCAAUUCAUCUUCUAAAACACCAAAUGGAGCAUAACACCAUGCUUUUCAGGCCACUAAUAAGUUCCUUCCUGUUUUUCUCUUGCAUUCUCUUUUACAUGAACUCUGUUCCCACUUCUGGUUUCACAAAUGAGACAGAUAUGCAAACUUUGCUAGCCAUCAGGAAUGCAAUACAUGAAGAUCCUUUGAGGGUCUUUAGUUCUUGGAACAAUUCUAUCCAUUUCUGCAAAUGGCAAGGAGUUACUUGUAGUCAUAGGCAUCACCAGAGAGUGAUUGCUCUAAACCUUUCAUCACUAGAGCUAGUAGGUUCCUUGUCUCCUCACAUAGGAAACCUUAGCUUCCUUCGGUUGAUGAACCUCACUUACAACAACUUACAUGGGGUGAAUCCACAAGAGGUUGGUCGCUUGUUUCGAAUUCGGUCUAUUUAUCUUGGUCACAACUCUUUCGAGGGAGAAAUUCCUAUUAAUGUGACGCAUUGUUCAGACCUUAGAGCCAUCAAUUUAAUUCAGAACAAUCUCACGGGAAAGAUUCCUGCUCAACUUGGCUCUCUGCCAAAACUUCAAGUAUUAACCCUUUCCCAAAAUUUCUUUUUUGGGACAAUCCCGGCUGCACUUGGGAACCUCUCUGCUCUGCAUUCACUUUUUAUGUCAACCAACAAUUUACAAGGCCAAAUUCCUAUUGAAAUUGGAAUGCUCUCAAACUUAGAAGUGCUUCAGUUGUCUAAAAACAAGCUAAAUGGUACGUUCCCUCUUGCUCUAUACAACAUUUCAACGAUCCAUGUAAUAGCUCUCGUCUCAAACCAAUUGCAUGGAACCUUGCCCUCUAAUCUAGGCCUCGGUCUUUCAAAACUUGAAAGGAUUUUCAUGGGAUAUAACCAAUUAUCUGGGACCAUUCCGGCGUCAUUGGUCAAUGCUUCAGGUUUUAUAGAUAUUGAUCUUGCUGAAAACUCUUUCACUGGGGGCAUACCACAGAAUUUGGGUGAGCUUCAACAACUUGAACUGUUAAAUUUUGGGGGCAAUCUUCUUGGAGCUAAGAAAACCGAUGACUGGCACUUCCUCACCUCCUUGACCAACUGCACCAAUCUAAGAUUAUUGAUUUUGUAUCGGAAUCAGCUUGGAGGUGUGCUGCCCACUUUGAUUGCAAAUAUCUCCACCAAGCUCAUAGGACUGAGGUUGCAACAGAACUACAUAUCAGGUAGCAUACCUUUGGCUAUCGGGAACCUUGUCAACUUGAAUGUGCUUUCAUUAUUUCAAAACCAACUCACUGGGAGCAUUCCUGAUUCCAUAGGAAAACUAAUCAUGAUGCAACAGCUCUAUCUACUCAACAACAAAUUGUCAGGAAAAAUUCCGGCCUCUUUUGGUAACAUGUCACAACUUGGUAAUCUUAUCUUGAAUGACAAUAGAUUAGAGGGAAACAUACCUGCUUCUUUGGGUAAUUGCACAAAUUUGCAAUGGUUGGAUCUUUCAAGUAACCGCCUUAGUGGUAGGAUACCAAAACAAAUCGUUGAACUUUCUUCGUUCACUAUAGGUCUUUCGGUAGCUCAGAAUUUCUUAACAGGACCACUACCAUCACAAAUGGGUAGUAAGAAAAAUAUUGGGCAAUUCGAUGUUUCAAGAAACCAACUAUCAGCAAACAUUCCAAGCACUCUUGGUGAUUGUCUAGUGCUAGAAUUUCUAAUAAUGGAGGGCAACCAUUUUGAAGGUACUAUUCCACCAUCAUUCAAACAACUAAGGGGUCUUCAAGUACUAGAUCUUUCAGAUAAUAAUUUGUCUGGCAAGAUUCCAAGUUUUCUAAGCAAGUUCUCUUCGAUUCAAUAUCUCAAUCUGUCAUACAACAUGUUUGAGGGUGAAGUACCAAGUGAAGGAGUGUUUAAGAAUAUCAGUGCAUUCUCAAUUGUGGGAAAUAACAGGCUCUGUGGAGGAAAUAAAGCAUUGCAAUUGCCUGUAUGCCCCACAAAAAUUUCAAAUAAACGAGGAAAGCAUUUCUCUAAUAGAGUACUAAUUAUUGCAAUUAGUGUUCCUGUCUGCAUCAUUUUGCUGCUAGCAUGCAUUUGUGCGACUCUGUAUUGGAAUAGAAGGCGGAAACACAAAACACCGCCAACCUUGUCUCUUGGGAACCAGUAUCCUAAUAUUUCUUAUGCAGAAAUUCUUCAGGCAACUGAAGGAUUCUCCUCGAGAAAUUUGAUUGGUGAGGGAAGCUAUGGUUCUGUGUACAAAGGGAUUCUCAAUUGUGAAACUAUAAGAGCUAUUGCUGUCAAGGUACUCAAUCUUCAAGUAAGGGGUGCCAGUAAGAGUUUCUUGGCAGAAUGUGAAGCAUUGAGGAAUAUCCGACAUCGAAAUCUUGUCAAGAUUAUCACUGCUUGCUCAAGCAUAGACUUCAAAGGCAAUGAGUUCAAGGCUUUGGUCUUUGAAUUCAUAUCCAAUGGGAGUCUCGAGAGCUGGUUACAUUCGAGUUCACUAAACCAGGACUCCAGGAACUUGAACUUUGUUCAAAGGCUCAAUAUUGCAGUUGAUGUAGCCUCUGCAUUGGAUUAUCUCCACAACCAUUGUGAAACACCUAUCAUUCAUUGCGACUUGAAGCCAAGCAAUGUUCUUCUUGAUGAUGAUCUCUCUGCCCGUGUAAGUGAUUUUGGUCUGGCAAGAAUUUGUCCAACCAAGACAGGUGCAUCCACUCAUACACGCAACAGUAAUUCAAGUAGAAUUAGAGGAACAAUUGGAUAUAUUGCCCCAGAAUAUGCUACAGGUGGGGAAGCGUCAAUAAAAGGUGAUGUGUACAGUUAUGGGAUUCUUCUACUAGAGAUGUUUACUGGGAAAAGACCAACAGACAACAUGUUUACAAACAAUUUCAACCUCCAUAACCAUGCUAAGAUGGCUUCCACUGACCGGGCGAUGGAGAUUGUUGAUCCUUUGAUGAUAUUGGAAGGGCAAAAUGAAUCAGGUAAGACUAGUGGAAGUAUCAGAGGCAGUGUUGCUAGGACAGUCAAGUGUUUGGGCUCUAUCCUUCAAAUUGGAGUUACCUGUUCUGCAGAUUUACCAAGUGAAAGAAUGAAUAUUAGUGAUGCUCUCAUGGAAUUGCAAGUGAUUAGAGAUGUUUAUCUUCAAAAAAGGGAGAUGAAAUAAACAAGAUAACAAGAUCAUCAUUGUAGUUUUCUGCUUUAGUUUGUGUCAUUCUAUUCAUCUCAGUUAUGAGAAAAUUCUGAGCUACUUGUAAAACAUAAUUGUGCCAGUGUUUCUUAUUUGAUGCCGCUUACAGAUAUUUCUCGCUUAAAAUAAAAAUAAAUAAUUAAGUAGAUAUUGUCUCUGAGGAUGUAAGGGCUUUUGAAUUUUGAUGGUGUAUACAAGA